AUGCCAGAGGUGAAACAUAUCGCUGACAUAGUGGGCGAAUGGGUGAUGUUCCUCCAGACUAUUCGGGGAGAUGUAGUUAUGUUGGGAAGCAUUGGAUGGGUGUUAGGUUACGCCACUAUACCUGGUCUGGCGUAUUGGCUACAGGACUACCGAUACAUGUCAUACGCUUCCCUCAUAGCGAUUGGUUUAAUGGCAUUUUGGUAUUACUUCAUGUUUGAGUCCCCGCGUUGGCUCAUCACCAAUGGUCACAUCGACAAAGCCGAAGUUGUGCUCCGGAGGGCACUCCAAAUGAAUGGCAAACCCGAUGACAAAUUGAAGACACAGUUGACUCAGUUGUCCGCAUAUUUACAAGAGAGUCAAUUAAAUGAGAAAUCCAAACGAAACCAUACUGUCAUAGAUUUGGUCAAAACGCCAAAACUUCGUAAAAUAUCGCUCAUUAUGUGGUAUUGUUAUCCAAUACACGCGUUAGUAUACUAUGGACUGAGUUAUAACAUAUCGGACUUUGGGGGCAAUUUUUACGUAACAUUCCUGUUGUCAGGAUUGGUAGGAUUGCCAUCACACUUAAUACCGGUGCCAUUACUUCGUUAUGUCGGCCGCAAAAAACUUUUCGCCGGUUUUAUGCUAUUGACGGGACUCUCGUGUUUUGCGGUCAUCCCAUCCGACAGGGAAUGGUUGACAGUUAUGUUUGCACUGAUUGGCAAAUUUGGUGACAACACCUCCUGGAAUGUCAUGUCCAUUAUUGCACCCGAACUCUACCCCACAGUCUUGAGGCAGACGGGAAUGGGUGUGUCCUCUGUUAUUGGAAGGUUGGGUGCGAUUAGCGGUCCAUUUAUGAAGGAUUUGGCAUCUAAUUAUGGUUUAUCACUGGUUAUGUCGUUAUACGGUAUACUUAUGUGUUUGGGUUCACUGUUGGCUCUCUUUCUGCCCGAAACCAAAGACCGGGAAAUUCCCGACACUAUAGCAGAAGCGGAGAAUAAGGCGUUUCAUACAAAACAAAAUUUGAUGUCCCGCCAGAUUAUCAGGGCAGACAUUGCACUUCUUGCUGGUAUCGGUUGGGUAUUGGGUUACGCGGCUGUACCGGGACUGGCCUUAUGGCUGCAGGACUACAAAUAUAUGUUAAUUCCCUCAAUGUUUGGAUUGGGAUUAAUGAUGAUUUGGUAUUACUUUAUGUUUGAGUCCCCGCGUUGGCAGAUAACCAAUGGACACAUCGAUAGAGCCGAACACACGCUUAGGAAAGCACUGAAAAUAAACGGAAAGUCAGACGAGAAUUUUAAAACACAGUUAAAUGAAUUGUCCUCAUAUUUAGAUCAGAUGCAAUCGGAAGAAAAGUCAAAAAGAAAUUACACAAUAUUAGAUUUGGUCAAAACUCCAGGUCUUCGUAAAAUGACAUUAAUUAUGUGGUAUUCAUGGAUUGUGACCGCAUUGCUAUACUAUGGCAUCAGUUUCAAUAUGUCUGACUUCGGGGGAAGUUUUUACCUAACAUUCCUGUUGUCGGGAAUCGUUGAACUCCCGUCUCAAUUGAUUCCACUCUUAAUGCUUCGAUAUAUUGGUCGACAAAAACUAUUUAGUCUUUUUAUGUUAAUAACUGGUGUUUCGUGUUUCGCAAUAAUACCCGCCGAAAGGGAAUGGAUUAAAGUAACGUUAGCUUUAAUCGGGAAGUUUGCGAUCACCAGUUGCUGGAAUGUUAUGGCAAUAUUUGGACCCGAACUCUACCCCACAGUCUUGAGACAGAGAGGUGUCGGCGCGUCCACUGUUUUUGCCAGAAUCGGGUCCAUCGCCGCACCUUUUAUGAAGAAUUUGGCCGCUCGAAAUGGAUUAGCAUUUGUAAUGACACUCUACGGCACUCUUACUGUUGGGUCCGUUGUUUUGGUUCAAUUCCUACCCGAAACUAAAGGCCGGGAAAUUCCAGACACUAUAGAAGAAGCAGAAAGAGCUACUCAUUUGGAGAAACCCAAAGACAAUAAUAAUAUUAAAUUAAAUAAAUUCUAAUUUAUUAAUUGUAUAAA